AUGUAUUCUUCUAUACUAUUCUCCGUCUGUGUUGUAGUGAUGUUGCCGAGUUUAACAACUGCAGAAUGUUGCAAAGCUGUUUGUGAAGACAUUCCUCUUGUGGAUGCCUUGUGUGCCGACUGCACUAAAGCUAGUCCUUACUGUGCUACUGGUUCAUGCAAUAUGUUCGGAUGCAAUUGCGAUGGUGGCUGUCGUAAAGGUCCGUGCGGGAUGUGUUGCGGAAAUGGAAAUGUUGGUGAAACAAGAAAACAAGGUGUUGAAGCUGUAAUGGAAUACGCCGACAUAGAUCGAGAUGGUAGACUCAACUUGAAUGAAUCAAUACACUACUACUUGACCAAUGUUGCGAAAUUAACAACUCCCGAAGGUCCUAUUAUUACCGAGUUUGCAAAACUGGAUAAGAAUAAGGAUGGAUUUCUAUCUCCUUCUGAGAUAGAUAAUUGA